GGUCCGCCCCGCUGGUGCGUCCGACGCCCGCUCCGACCCCUGCCUCGGGGCAGGCGGUGUCCCUUCUCGCCGGGUUAACGACACGCUUCUUAGGGGCGAGUAGGAAUUCCCGCCGGUCGCCUUUCUCUCGCCCGCGCUGGGCGGCGUCAGGUGGGAGGCGGCAGCUCCCCCCCCCCCCCGGCCCGGCCCGGCCCGGCGCGAAGCCGCUGUCCGGCCGUGGCGGAGCCGGCCAUGGCGACGGGCCGCGGCAGGGCCCUGCGGCAGUACGGGCGCGGCGCGGCGCCGGCUUCCCCUGGUGCCGCCGAGGUCGGGCCGCCGCGGCCUUUUACUCCUGCUGUCGCCGCCGCCUCCGCCGGGCCCAGAAAUAGGUCAAGGAGCUUUGCUGCCAGGACUGGGGCAUGUUCUGAAACUGUAAAUGCUGGAAUUAAAAGUCUGUAUUUGACACCUUCCAUAAAACCGAAACCUAAUCUGUGCAUCGAGAGCCUGCCAUCAGAAAUGCUGAUAAAGAUAUUUUCCUAUUUGGAUGCUGUGUCCCUGUUGUCUGUUGGUUGUGUGAAUAAGCACUUCUGUCAUCUGGCCAAUGACAAUGGAAUCUGGUUGAAAAUCUAUUCCAUUUGUUUUCAACCAAAAAGGACAAUUUGGAAAAUGAAGUCUGAACAAACAGAAACUGUUUCCUUGGGCUGUGCUGCUCUACAUGAUAGAAAGCCUGGGUACUGGAAGAAAGAAUAUAUCUUCAAACAAAUAGCUGCUGUCAAAACGAGAGUAAUGCGACUUGUUAAACCUGUAGAUCCUUAUACAGGUCUUCCAUGUAAAAACAAAGAAGCUAUGAAAGCCUCUGGCUUGAGUUGGAUGAUUGUUCUAAAGGACAAAAAUGGAAAGGAACACGUAACGGAGAAGGCAAAGCUAUUAUUUAAGGACACAUCUGUUACUAUACUUUGGUAUAGUACAAAUUGGCCGUGCUUAGAUAGCCUGUCAACCCUAAAACUAUUUGGAGUUAUACCAUUGCUUCCUGACCAAAGCAGAGCUCCCAGCAAGAAUGGACCUCGUCGACGUUCCUUAAUUGCUGAAUACCAUCUUGCUAACCUGACUGAAAGUAGUGUAGCACUUGGUGCUGAUAAGCUUGUCCAGCUCUUCAGUCUGAAUCCAGGACUCUUAGUAGGACUUUGGAAGGAGAAAAAUGAAAUUGCUUUUGUUAUGGCGAGUCUUCAUUAUCAUCAGCUUCUUGAGAGAAGCACUUUGGGUUCUGCUACUGUUCAAUAUGCCCUUCCACCUAAUAAACCUGUAUUGGAUGAUGUUGACCCAGAAUAUGGACUGCAUGACUACAGUCUACAUCUUGAUAUGCAUGGUGGAAGCUGCACCUACCUGUGUGGAACAUUCAAGAGCCUCUUUUGCAGAAAAGGUGACAUUGCAAAUGGAUAUUUGAGGCUGACAGUUGUAAGCUUGAAGGAUAAUAAGAAGCACUUGCCUCUUGUUGGGACACUUGGCUUAUCCUGGGAAACAGAUGUGUUUAAAGGCAAUGUAAAGGACUGCUACGUGAUGGAUGUUACUCUCUUGGAUGAAACUGGAAAGCCCUUCUGGUGUUUCAGUGCCCCAGUCUACAUCGAACUGUCUUCUGAGGCAUCCAGCCUUUAUGACUACCUGGGUCGUACCUAUACCACAGACUAUGCAGAUUCAGAGGGUAAAGUCUGUGUUGAGUUGGUAUGGUUGGAAGAAACCAAGGAGUAUUUUAUAGUUAAUUUGGUGCUUUAUAUAAGCACCAAAAAGGUAAAUAAUUGGUAUGGAACAAAUUACUGACUUAAUUGGGUCAGCAAUUUCCUUGCUUAAAAAAACCAAACCAAAACAACAAAAAACCCACCACACUAAGCUUUUGAUGCUUAAAAUUGAUACCAAUGAGCAAGACUGUUCCUGCAAGUUUUUCAGUAACAAGUGCAAUUGCAUAAUUUUUUUUUAAUUGGCAUUGGAGGGAUUGAAGAGACAUGUUGAUGUAAAUGAAUCUUUUUCUUCUCUAUUGAACAUCACAUGGUUAGUCUGUUUCUGGUACUGGGUAUAUUGAAAUUAUUUUUAGGAAUAUUUUUCUUUAUAGAUACUUGUUACUAUGGUUAACGAAUUGCUUCUUGUGAGAGCCAUACUGUGAAGAUGCCUUGCCUUACGUAAGCUCCACUGUUUUUCAGAACAUUGAGUUUUAUGCCUAGUAGUAAAACAGCAUGUGUGCUGUUCCCUUCAGAUUCGUUAUUGUGUCAUUGGUAAAUAACAGGUUUUGAGAGGUUUUGUUAAAUGCAGAAAUACUUUUUUUUUCAGAAAAUACUUCACUUAAAUAUAUUCUGGUAGAGGAUUUAAAAUGUAGACAGGAAGUUACAGAUCUGAACAAUAUGGCAGUUAGGGCAUUUGUUAAGAAAAUCACAUAUAGUAUCUAUUAUGAAAUUUCUUUAAAUUCCUGUUUGUUCUGUUUUCCCGUGUUCUAACCUUCUGUCUGAUUUGAGCCUAGAUACUUGCCUCAUGUAUUGACAUAUGAAUAAGUGUCCCAAUUAUCAGCACAGCUGAGCUGUGGUCUGCUCUUACUGAAUGUACGUAACAUUCAGUUGUUUUGGAAACAGUGUAUAUCUGAUACUCUUUAUCUAACAGUAAGUAUUCAUAUAAAAAUUGAAUGUAUGUGCCUGAUCUUUCAGGUUCCUUGAAGUAACUUUAGGACCAAAUCUCCUACUCCCUGUAUAAAAAAAAAAUAAAAUGACAUGAUAUUGGGACUCCAGUGUCAUUACAUAGCAUGUUACAAACCACAGCAAAUUUGUGUAGUUUCACGGUGCUCUGUUAAGAUAAAAGCACAACUGUAUUGUUGACUUCUGUGACUUUAUUAUGGUAGUGAUUUCCUUAAAAAUAAUUUCUCUCUUUUCUUUAUUCAUUUAAGUACGUUAAUUGGUUCAUGCAAGCAAUGUUUAUGUGCAAGCACUUGUGCUCUAUACUACAGAGACAGUAGUGCUCUAUACUACAGCAAUAGGGUUGUUUCUUAAUGUAACUUUCAAAGAUAAUGAAGUUAAGGCUGAUUCAGUUCUAGUUUGACUUGUAUAACCCUGCUUAAUGAAGAAACAGAAACA